AUGAACCAUCCUCAGCUUAUCACUUUCACACGGGCCCGGGAGAAAUCGGAUUUCUGGGAAAAUGGCGAGCACAGUAGGAAGAGGGCUUUUAGAGCGUUGGAGAGCGCCACCACGGGAGAAGAGGCGAGGAACUUCUAUGAAAGUCUUCUGUCAACGAAAGUAGAGUCAUCAGCAUCCAAAAGGCCCACCAAGAAACGCAUAGUUAUUAAGUCUUCAUCUAACGAAGAGCCUCCCAGGACUGGUUCCCAGGGUAGAUCUGCCGCGUGUGACCACAGACUGGGGCACCAGCUCCUUAAAUGUUCUCAAGAUGGAGACUUUAAAGGCUUGAAGCGAAUAAAGGAAAUAGAGAGGUGCAACAUCAACUACCGGGACGGUUAUUAUUGGACGGCUUUAAUGUGCGCUGCGUGUGGCGGCCGAAAAGAGGUCGUCAGCUACUUAUUGAAGAGAGGCGCAGCUUGGAUUGGUGUGUGUGAGACGCAGGGUAAAGACGCCUUGAUGUUGGCACAAGAGAGCGGGCAUCAUGAUAUUGUUCGGCUCUUAGAAGAAUCCCUGAGAAGUCAUCCAGAAGAAAGAACACCAAGGAUAACCACCCCGGAGACAAAACACUGUGAAAUUUGUAAGACGCGCUACCAAGAGGACAGCGUGGAAACUCACAUGCGCUCCACGAUCCACCUUUUCAACAUGAAAAAGAAACUGCCCCCUACUUACUAUGCCAUCCCGGAGCACAACGUGGGCUUUAAGAUGUUACUGAAGGAAGGCUGGAACAGAGAGUCCGGUCUGGGGCCGGAAGGGACGGGUAGGAAAUUCCCAGUCCAGACUGUUCUCAAGAGAGACCAGAAGGGCCUUGGCUUUCAGACGGACCAGAAGCCCAAGGUCACUCACUUUUCUGCUAAUGACACAGAGCUAAUGUCUUUCUAAAAAGGGAACUCAAACCAACUUUUUAUUACCAGUGUCAGA